AUGGGGCUUCUUCACAAACAAAACCUCUCCUUUGUGAUACUCCUACUCCUUGGACUUCUUGUUGUCUCUUACGCUUGUGAAUGUAGCGACCCUCCCAAACCAUCUCCACACCCCGUUAAGCCGCCUAAACAUCCCGUUAAUCCGCCAAAACCACCCACCGUCAAACCACCUCCUCACACCCCAAAACCACCUACCGUUAAACCACCUCCUCACACCCCAAAACCACCCACCGUUAAACCACCUCCUCACACCCCAAAACCACCCACCGUCAAGCCUCCACCUCCGAACACUCCAUGCCCUCCACCCUACACACCAAAACCGCCCACCGUCAAGCCGCCUCCUCCUUCCACUCCAUCCCCACCACCUUCUCCUCCACCUUACACUCCAAAACCACCCACCGUGAAGCCACCACCACCGCCUACUCCCGUAACCCCACCACCGCCCACUCCCUAUACCCCGCCACCACCCACCGUGAAGUCACCACCACCGCCCACUCCGGUAACCCCACCACCGCCCACUCCCUUUACCCCGCCACCACCCACCGUGAAGCCACCACCACCGCCUACUCCCGUAAACCCACCACCGCCCACUCCCGUAUCCCCCCCACCGCCAACUCCAACCCCAGAGACUCCAUGUCCACCACCUCCACCAGGUCCAUAUCCUCCCCCGCCUCCAUCUUCCGCACCGGAGACUUGCUCGAUCGACGCGCUAAAGCUAGGCGCCUGUGUGGACGUUCUUGGCGGUUUGAUUCACAUCGGACUAGGGAAAAGCUACGCUCAGGCGACUUGUUGCCCGGUUCUUGGUGGUUUAGUGGGUCUUGACGCAGCGGUUUGUCUCUGUACCACCAUUAGAGCUAAGCUUCUCAACAUUGACCUCAUUGUUCCCAUUGCUCUCGAGCUUCUUGUCGACUGUGGUAAGACUCCACCUCGCGACUUCAAGUGUCCUGCUCCUCAAAAAAGGGCUCCUGCCUUGGGUUGA